AUGACAAUGAUGAGGGGAGCUUCUUUGUGCCUCUUGUUUCUUUCAUCUUUCUUUGCUUUGGACUCUGUUCAAGGCAAUCCCAACUACAAAGAAGCCUUAGUAAAGUCCUUGCUGUUCUUCCAAGGCCAGAGGUCCGGGAGGCUCCCCAAAUCCCAGCAAAUUACUUGGAGGUCCAACUCUGGCCUAUCAGAUGGUCGCCUUGCCAAUGUGGACUUAACCGGAGGAUACUACGAUGCCGGAGACAACGUGAAAUUCAAUUUUCCGAUGGCCUACACCACCACCAUGUUGUCAUGGGGCACACUCGAAUAUGGGAAGCGGAUGGGCACCCAAUUAGAAAGCACGAGGGCUGCAAUACGAUGGGCGACUGACUACCUCUUGAAGUGUGCGACUGCGACGCCCGGUAAGCUUUAUGUUGGCGUGGGUGAUCCCAACGCGGACCACAAGUGCUGGGAAAGGCCUGAGGACAUGGACACCGCCCGAACAGUAUAUUCAGUCUCUUCUAGCAACCCUGGCUCGGACGUGGCCGGCGAGACCGCCGCUGCUUUGGCCGCUGCUUCCAUGGUUUUUAGGAAGGUUGAUCCCAAGUACUCUAAGCUACUAUUGAAGACGGCCAAAAAUGUCAUGGCAUUUGCAAUGCAAUAUCGGGGCACUUAUAGCGAUUCCCUCGGCUCUGCGGUCUGCCCAUUUUAUUGUUCAUAUUCUGGAUAUAAGGAUGAACUGCUGUGGGGAGCUUCAUGGCUGCAUAGGGCUACCAACGAUGUUUCUUACUUGAAUUUCUUGAAAUCAUUGGGAGCUGAUGAUUCUACAGAUAUCUUCAGCUGGGACAACAAAUUGGCCGGUGCUCGUGUCCUCCUAGCAAGGCGAGCCUUGCUGAGCAAUGACAAGAACUUUGAUUCCUUCAAACAAGAAGCUGAAGAUUUCAUGUGCCGGAUUUUGCCCAACUCUCCCUCCACAAGUACACAAUAUACACAAGGUGGGCUCAUCUACAAGCUACCUGGAAGCAACCUUCAGUAUGUUACAUCCAUAACAUUCCUGCUUACAACUUAUUCCAAGUACAUGGCUGCUACAAAACACACAUUUAACUGUGGAAGCCUUUCUGUCACUUCAAGCUCACUAAAAACCCUUGCCAAAAAACAGGUUGAUUAUAUAUUAGGAGAGAAUCCAUUGAAAUUGUCAUAUAUGGUAGGAUAUGGGCCAGAUUAUCCAAAGAGAAUUCACCACAGAGGAUCUUCCUUGCCCUCAUUGGGAAGCCACCCGCAAGCCAUAUCUUGUGACGGCGGUUUCCAACCCUUCCUCUAUUCAGCGAACCCGAAUCCUAACAUCUUGACCGGAGCCAUUGUUGGGGGUCCGAACCAGAACGACGGGUUCCCAGAUGAUCGGAAUGACUACAGCCAUUCAGAACCUGCCACCUAUAUAAAUGCUGCUAUUGUUGGACCUUUAGCAUACUUUGCUGCUGGGAGCACUGCUUGAUGCCAUUUCCUAUGAUAGGAGAGAGUUCAAUGUAGAUAUAUUCUAGUUUUCCC